AACCUCAGGGAAAGUGCUGGGGACUAGCAAGAAAGUGACUCUAUACAAACAGCUUCUCCUCCCAUUAGCAAUUGCCAAGAGAAAAUCCAGCCAUGAGAGAGCAAAGCCCCCAGGAAUGGGAAUUUCCCAGCCAGAGGAGCAGGGAGAGAGGACAGGGGAAGGAGAGACUGAAAGGGGCAGUGGGAGAAAUGAGUGGGGGGAGAGAUUUCCAGCUCUCUAGUCCACCAGACACAGGUAUUGCAGCAUCCCUGGGCAGAACCGCUUUCCAGUGAACAAGAAAAGGCUCAGACAGAGGAAAAGCCAGUUCCUGACUCCAUAUUCUCCCUACCUGGGGCCAGUGUCCAAGGGAAUCCCCCACAGUGGCUCCUUUGGUUCUGCUCUUUUCUAGCCUUGUGUUCAGAGACUUUGUUACGGGGUGAGAGGAGGGAGAAGGGAGUUUAAAAAUGUGUCUGUGGGCUUAGCCUGGCAGGAGGGGCCAGGUCUACACUGUAAUGAAGAGAUCAAGCAUGUUCCCAGCACGGCAGAGUCUAGGAUGUCUGUCUGGAGGGAAAGGGCCUGGGGGAAUCGUGAUGUGAAAUUAACUAAAACCUGUUCUGAAACCUCCACAACUGCCCUUUUCACCCUCCCAGGCUGCAGAAUGACGUCCAUGUUUCGCUCCAGCUCAUCCCAUCCUCCCAUGGGAGAGGGAAGAGAAAUGGCUCCAGAGGAGCCUGUUCAGAGGCCAGUGACCUUUGAGGAAGUGGCUGUGUAUUUCACCGGGGAAGAGUGGGCUCUGCUGGACCCUGCCCAGAGAGCUCUCUGCAGAGACAUCAUGCAGCAGAACCAUGAGAAUGUGACCUCACUGGACCAGAGAAGCAGCCGCUCGCCAAAAUGGACCUCCCCCCCUUCCCCCCACACGCCGCCUCUCUCCUCAAGCAAACAUUAGCUGUGGGUGU